GUGCGCUGCAGCCUCGAGGUCAGCUUCAUCGUUGACAUAUGGUGCGCAGCUUCACUACAUGGCGCGCAGCUUCACUACAUGGUGCGCAGCGUCAUCAACAUGGUGCGCAGCAUCAUUGACAUGGUGCGCAGCAUCAUUGACAUGGUGCGCAGCUUCACCUACAUGGCGCGCAGCAUCAUUGACAUGGUGCACAUAAUGCAUGACAUGGUGCGCAGCUUCACCUACAUGGUGCGCAGCAUUAUCUACGUGGUGAGCAGCGGUAG